AUUUCCUCUAGUACAGUAUAUUUUCCCUUGUAGAGUGUAUAUAAGACAGAAAUAAAUUGAAGACUUCACACAACAUUUCUGUACACCUUUAAAUAACUACACGAACUCAAGAAACAAUGGAAGGAAAGGCUGUUAUUAUUUUCUUUGGAUUUAUAUCAUGCGCUGUAGCUGUAUAUUCAGUCAAAAAACCAGUUUGUGAAAUUGAAUGCUCGAGUCAUUCAGAAUGUCUAGAUGGAUACAGUUGUCAAACAGAAGGAUGUGAUCGUAUUUGCAGACCUAGGAGAGUGAUUUUAUCAAAUUCAGCAAUUAGAUCCGACAUUAUUUCAUCCGGAUGCGUUCAGAGAUGUAUGGACCGAGGAGAACUAGGUUGCAGAAGUCUUUGUCAGCGAAGUUUAGAUUCAUUGUCAGGAGGCCAAAUCAUUCCUGGUGGUUUCUUAGACAGUGGAUUCCAAGAUGCUUUAGUAGAUCCUAUUCGGUUAGAUAGUCUUGUUAGACAUACCUUGCCAGUAGGUGAUUCUAUUCGGCCAGGUAGUCUUGUUAGACGUAUCUCGCCAGUAGGAGGUUCUAUUCGUUCAGAUAGUCUUGUUAGACAUAACUCGCCAGUAGGUGAUUCUAUUCUGUUAGAUAGUCGUCUUGGACGUAUGUCACAAGUAGGUUCUAUACGGUCAGGAAGUCUUCUGGGGCGUAUCUCGCAAGUUGAUUCAAUUUUACAUAAAGACUGUCAAAAUACAUGCAUUUCACGAGGCUGCAACUUUAACGAGGAAUGUGUAACAAGAGAUGGAUGUUCUGUAUGUGUUCGUGCCAAGACCUACGCAUAAACUUAGACAGCCGAUGUCACCAUAAAUUGUGCAAUAUUGAACUGAUUUUUAUCCAUGUAUUGUGAUAUUUUAUAAUUUUGUUUUGAUACACAAAUAAAAAAAUUAUUAUGAAAGAAUU